AAGUUCAGUACCCUUUCUCCUUCUUCACUAAGCAAAAUCACUACAUUUGCCUUAAAUCUCCUGCUACUCAUUUGCAAACACCAGAACUAAAUACUACUAUAUAUACCAGAGAGAAAACUAAGGUUUCCUUUAUUUUUCUGUGUCUACUAACUACUCUAGGAGAGAAAAUAGAGUGCGACGAAGAUAGAAAAUAGAAAUGGUAGUAGAUUGGGGACCAGUAGUGGUGGCGGUGGUGAUGUUCAUCUUAUUGUCACCCGGACUCCUAUGCCAGCUGCCAGCAAGAACGAGAGUCAUCGAGUUUGGGAACAUGUACACCAGCGGAAUUGCCAUCUUAGUUCAUGCCAUCUUUUACUUCUGUAUAUAUACCAUCUUGAUAGUCGCCAUUGGUGUCCACAUACGAUCUGGUUGAUACGUUUCCUCCAUCUACUUCAUGUAUAUUGUCCCAUAGUUGAAAGUGACAACAACGGCAGCUACAGACCUUCCUUGUGUUUCAUAUAUCUUUGUACUUUUCAUCAUUCCUAGCGUACUCUGAUAAAUGCGCUUGAUAUAAAUCUUUAUCGAAUUCAUGAAAGUGGAAUGAACAAAAUCUUCCGGCCACUCUAUCAGAGUGCCUAUACAUGCUCA